GUAGUGUUUGUUUUGUCUCUAAAAAGCUUCAUAAUGUCUGGCCGCGGAAAGCAGGGAGGUAAAGCUCGGGCUAAGGCCAAGUCUCGCUCUUCUCGUGCGGGGUUGCAGUUCCCUGUGGGCCGUGUGCACCGGCUGCUACGCAAGGGGCACUAUGCGGAGCGAGUGGGAGCCGGCGCUCCUGUUUACAUGGCUGCGGUGCUGGAGUACCUCACUGCUGAAAUCUUGGAGCUGGCUGGCAACGCCGCCCGCGACAACAAGAAAACCCGCAUCAUCCCCCGGCACUUGCAGCUGGCCAUCCGCAACGACGAGGAGCUGAACAAGCUGCUGGGCAAAGUCACCAUCGCUCAGGGUGGCGUCCUGCCCAACAUCCAGGCGGUGCUGCUGCCCAAGAAAACCGAGAGCCACAAAGCUAAGGGCAAGUGAGCAGGCUCCUGCUGCCUUCUGGGCGAGGGGGAGCCUCACCACCCAGUGUCUUAACCCCAACGGCUCUUUUCAGAGCCACUCACAAUAUCAGGCAAAGAGUUGUUAAUUCCUGUUCUGUCGCUUUGGGUUUUUUUGGGGGGAGGGGGAUGUUGCUAAGGAAAAAUGAACGAUCAGUUCAAUAAAAAAAGCUGGUGCUCUCCCGGGAGAAAACGGGUGGCAAGAAUAUACAGGAGCCCAAAUGUUCCCUAGGAAAACACGCCCCAUGGAUAGAAAACCUGAUCCCUUCCCAGAGAACUGGAAACGAUGCUCCUGGUACUGUGAACAAAUGACAAGCUCUUUGGCCAGGUGUGUGGGGCGGCGGGAGACACGUAGUGAUUUUAA